AUGGUCACUACACGAAAACGAAGCAUCGCUGCUGCUGCCGACGACGACGAACAAGUGAAUGUGGAUUCUCAAUCGUCAGCUCGCACGGACAUGGCGGACAAUGAGAGUGACAACAACACAAUCAGUCAUGAUCGCAAACGUCAAAAGAAGACCACCCCAUUGGACCAGGAUCAGCCAGCCAAAGUGGAGCAGGAACAACCUAUGGAAGUGGUUAAAGCAAAAGCAACAAAACGUACAAAGAAAGCUGCCGUCAUUAAGACCCAAGUAGUGGUGCGUCGACAGCCUGUGCGUGCAUGUCGCACUAAAGCUGAAUCAUCCAAGAAGGAUAUGGUGAUAGUGGAUGCUGUUCCAAGCUCAUCCAAAGCUGUUGGUACUCGUACUCGCAAGAAGAAAAAGGAGGAGGAGGAGAAGGAUCCACUCAUUGGUCAUCCUAAGCCAGCAUUAUCCAUGGAGCUAUGGGAGUUGAUCUUAGUGGAGGUUGCUCACUUUCCACCAUCUCAACUUAUUGAGCUUGCAUUGGCAUCAAAAGCAAUGUGUUCUAUGGUCAUGUCCUUACCUGUGUGGCAGAAUAUCAUCAACGUUUCAGGCAUCAAACCGGUUCCAAAGCGCCCCAAAACACCAAUCACACCCUAUCAGCAUGUCUUUAACCAUCGUGCUCGGAUUUGUGAACAAUGUUAUGGAUACGCUUAUCUGAAUGGACCAAAAGCGGCAUUGCCAGUUUUCUCGGUUGAAGAAGGUCGACGUAUUCAAAUGUGUCUUCCCUGUCGACAAGAAUAUUAUGAACGGCAUCCAGAGCCACCGCCACCUGUACAAAGCGAUGAGGAAGAAGACGACGAUGAUGAUGAUAAUCAGCAUGGACGACGACGACAACGUGGAGGACGACGACGACGUCCACGCCUCAUCACCAAAACGCGUGGCCAAAGCAUGUUCCGGUUACAGAAUCGACAUAUGGAUAUGAUUCCCUAUGAUGAGGCACGCAAUCCACAUUAUCGAGCUGCAGCACCCAUGCGUUUAUAUGAGAUACAUGCCAUUCGAACACAAGCUCGACGCAUUCAUGGAGGUGAUGUGGGAAUAGAAGCUGCGGUGGCUCGUGCUCGUACGAUGGCUGAAACUAGACGUCGCAAUUUGGAGAUUCGACGCUUACGGCAAGAAGAAUUACGACGUCAACGAAGAGAAGAAGUGGAAACUCGAUUGGAACGUGAGAAUUUGCAACAACGCACAGCUAUCAACGAGGUGAAUCAAUACAUCAUCCAUGGUCGAGCUUUUGGUUUCCUCAACACAAUCGAAACCCUUGAUGAAAUUAUCGAUCUUAUCCGUUUACGUGAAGGACGUCGUGCCGAACUUGUCCAACGAUUGGAGCAGGAAGAUGUACAAGUCAAUGCAUUUCGUGAUAUCUUUGCAAGAUAUGUGACCCAUGGUGUGCCUGAUAUUGAUACGGCAGUGGCUCGCUAUGUCAGAAUUUAUGGAAUCAAUACGCUAUCUCGAGAACGAGUAAAUCCACCACCACAAAUGCAACGACAACCACAACCGCUAUCACAGCCGCCACGACAAGAACAACCUCAAGAGGAAUCACAAGAGGAACAACCACAAGAAGAACAACCUCAAGAAGAACAACCUCAAGAAGAGCACUCUCAAGAACAACCUCAAGAACAACCUCAAGAGGAACAACCACAAGAAGAACAACCUCAAGAUCACUCUCAAGAACAACCUCUAGAGGAACAACCUCAAGAAGAGCACUCUCAAGAACAACCUCAAGAGGAACAACCGCAAGAAGAACAACCUCAAGAGGAAUCACAUGAGGAACAACCUCAAGAACAAGAACAACAACCGUCCCAAGAACAUCCGCCACAAGAACAAUCUCAAGAAGAACAACAGUGA